AUGACUGUCCACUUAUUUGGUGGUGUUUGGAGCCCCAACUGCGCCAACUUUGCUCUUCAUCGUACUGUUUCAAUUUCACCCCGAGGUUACACUGGACCAUAUGUAUUGAGAGCACAGAUGCUCUUUCAACAACUUUCUCGUCUUAACUAUGGUUGGGAUGAUGUCAUACCACCAGAUAUUGCUGAGCAGUGGGGCCGGCGGCUCAAAGACAUUCAACUCAUGAGGAACUUAAAUAUACCUCGUAGUGUUAAGCCAACAGAUUUCAACAUUAAAUCCAAUCAGCUACAUAAUUUUGCUGAUGCAUCGGAAACCGGAUAUGGAGCGGUUACCUAUCUCAGGAUGACGGAUGUAAAUGAUAAGAUUCACUGCAGUAUCUUAAUGUCCAAAUCUAGAUUAGCACCUCUGAAAGGCAUGACAAUUCCAAGGUUAGAACUGACUGCUGCAGUUGAAGCAAUCAAGAUGGACGAGUUGUUGCGACGAGAGCUUGAAAUACCUUUGUUGGAAUCUGUAUAUUGGUCGGAUAGCAUGAUUGUUUUACUGUACAUUCAAAAUGAUGAAAGUCGGUUCCAGACUUACGUUGCCAAUCGAAUUGCCAAAAUUAGAAAUCACAGUUCACCAUACCAAUGGAGACACAUUCCCAGCAAAUCUAAUCCAGCUGAUGAUGCAUCCCGAGGGAUCACAGCUAAACUGACAGGCAACCAACGAUGGAUUCAUGGACCAUCAUUCCUGUGGAAAGAUGAAAAUGCCUGGCCGGUACAACCACAGUUUAAGUGUGCUCAAAUAUUCAGUGGUACAAAGUGUUAA